UUUGUAUGACCUAACAUGGGGAGGGAAUUUCGGAGUUAGAAGGCCUCUCUCGUAUAGUACUUAUACAUGAUCGGUCAAAUCAUCCGGAAACUGUGUUUUUUCGCUCCCUUUCAAUUCUCAGCAUCUCAUUUUUCCUGGCUUGGGCAUCAUGACCACCCGCUACGCCGACGUUCACAAAAACCCUCAGGGCCCUGGGGAUGCUCGCCCAACAGCUAUACAGGUUGUUCGCGAUGAAGGAUUGGAAGGCCAACUGGCGGACCACUCUAUCCUCGUAACUGGUGCAUCCUCGGGCAUUGGUGUCGAAACUGCCAAGGCGCUUUUCGCCACCGGUGCUACUUUAUUUCUGACUGCCAGAAACCUAGACAAGGCAAAGCAAGCCCUGGGUAAUCUGGUCCAAUCUCCCCGCGUACACCUCCUGGCUUUGGAUCUGGAGUCUCUAGCGAGCGUACGGGCCUGUGCUACCCAGCUCCUGUCAUUAACGACGACUCUCAACGUCUACAUCGCCAAUGCUGGAGUCAUGGCGACCCCAGAGGGGCGCACCAAGGAUGGCUUCGAGACGCAAAUAGGUACCAACUAUUUCGGUCACUUUCUCCUCUUCCUUCUUCUUCGUCCGGCACUUUUGGCUGCCGCAAGUCAGCAGGUGAACUCAAGGGUGGUACUUCUUUCCUCCAUCGCCCACAGAUAUUCGGAGGUCAUGUUUGACAACAUCAAUUUGGAAGGCGAGUAUGAGAAGUGGAAGGCAUAUGGCCAGAGCAAAACUGCUCUUCUGUGGGCAGCGAAUGAGAUUGACCGCCGCUAUACUCCACAAGGCCUACGUGCUUUUAGUGUUCAACCGGGUGGCAUUCAGACCGGACUGCUACAAUUUAUGUCCGAAGAGGAGAAGAGUGGCCUUACCAGCGAUCCUACAUUGGGCCCGCAAUUCAAGAGUCCCGAGCAAGGCGCCGCUACUUCGGUGUGGGGAGCUAUUGCAAAGUCUUUGGAAGGAACGGGUGGAAAGUAUUUGGAGGAUGUGCAGAUUGCUAAGGCAUAUGACGCCAGCGAAGGGCAGUGGGCUCCUGGCUACUUCCCACACGCAUAUAGCCCCGAGAAGGAAAAGAAGUUGUACGAGAUGUCGCUGAGAUUGGUAGGCGAGGAUGAGUAAAUAAAUUGAGAUUCCUUCAUGUAUUUCUAAAACAAGAUAGGC